AUGGACGAAUCUGAGUUAGACGAUUUGGAGAAUAGUCUUAAAAGACUACUCCAUGAGACUGAUGAAGAAACUACAAAGAAUGGUUCUAUCUUCAAUGAUUUGUUAGCGCUGCUUGCGGAUAAGCAGUCUGAUUCGAAAAAACGACAAACCCGAUCUCGCAGAUCUGCCAACUCCUGGGACCAUUAUGUUGAGGUCCUUGUUGUGGCGGAUUCCAAAAUGCACGAAUACCACGGAUACAACCUCGAGUCGUAUAUACUUACCCUAUUUUCUACUGUAGCAUCAAUUUAUCGUCACCAAUCAUUACGAGCAUCUAUAAAUGUCGUUGUUGUGAAAAUCAUCAUCCUCAAACACGAAAAUGCUGGUCCUCACGUUACUUCAAACGCUCAAGACACUCUACAACAAUUCUGUCGAUGGCAGCAGCUGUACAACGAUCGCGACGAAGACAGUCCAAACCACCACGACGUCGCCAUUCUUCUCACCAGAGGCGACAUAUGCAGGGCACCUGGAAAAUGCGACACUCUGGGGUUGGCCGAGUUGGGCACCAUGUGCGACGCCGGCAAAAGUUGUGCUAUCAUCGAGGACAAUGGACUUAGUGCAGCCUUCACUAUCGCUCAUGAACUUGGACACAUAUUCAAUAUUCCACAUGACGAUGAGCGAAAGUGUGCACAGUACAUGCAAUUAGCAAAACACAACUUUCACAUCAUGGCACCUACAUUGGAGUACAAUACUCAUCCAUGGAGUUGGAGCACGUGUUCUAGUGGGAUGCUCGAGCGCUUUCUUGACAACAACCGUGGUCAGAUUCAGUGCUUGUUCGACCAGCCAGUUCAGCGAAAGUACUACGAACAGCUUUUCGAAGACGAUGCUCCGGGAAGAAAGUAUGACGUCAGCCAGCAGUGCAAAUUCGUCUUUGGGCCUCAGUCCGAACUUUGUCCUUACAUGCCAACUUGUCGUCGUCUGUGGUGUGCAACAUACUACGGAAGCCAAAUGGGUUGCAGGACACAACAUAUGCCAUGGGCCGAUGGAACUCCUUGUGACAAAACAGGAAGAAUGCAAUGCCAUCGAGGAGAAUGCGUAUCGAUAGGAGCCGAACAUCGUGCUAAGGUUGAUGGUGGUUGGGGCGAAUGGAGGCCAUGGGAAACAUGCAGCAGAACAUGUGGUGGUGGAGUUCAGAGGGCUCUGAGAGACUGCGACAGCCCCAAGCCUGCAAACGGAGGCAAGUACUGUGUCGGUCAACGGGAACGUUACCGUUCUUGCAGCGUGGCUGACUGUCCUUGGGAUACACCAGGGUUCCGAGAGAUUCAAUGUGCAGAAUUCAAUAACAAGGAUGUGGGUAUUCAUGGAAUUCCGACAAGGACGACAUGGGUUCCAAAGUAUACCGCUGUUGCCGAUAACGAACGUUGCAAACUCUACUGUCGCGUGGCUGGCAGCGCUGCUUUCUACUUGUUGAAGGAAAAAGUCAUUGAUGGCACUCCUUGCGAUAGGAACGGUGAUGAUAUCUGCGUUGAUGGCACUUGUAUGAAGGCUGGAUGCGAUCACCGCUUGCAUUCCACGAUGACUCGGGACAAGUGUGGCAUUUGUGGUGGAGACGGAACGACCUGCAGAACAGUAAAGGGAACAUACAACGAGAGGGGAUCAUUCGGAUACAAUGCUGUGAUGAAAAUCCCCGCUGGCUCUGCGAACAUAGAUAUUCGGCAGCACGGAUACAAUAAUCAAAAAGACGACGAUAAUUACCUUUCACUUCGAGCUUCGAACGGCGAGUUCCUGCUGAAUGGUCACUAUCAAGUCAGUGUAUUUCGCCAACAAAUUCCUAUACAAGAUGUGAUCCUUGAGUACUCUGGUAGUGAUAAUGUAGUCGAGCGGAUCAACGGUACUGGACCCAUCAGAAUCGACAUUUAUGUACACGUCCUCUCUGUCGGGAAUUUGUUACCACCGGACAUAAGCUACGAGUACAUGACUGCCGUCGAUAGUUCGUCUCCUCGGAGUCCAGCAACGAGCAACUACCACUGGAGAGUUGGUGAUCAGUGGAGUGCUUGUGACAGAAUAUGCCAAGGUACACAGAAUCAGGAAAUCAUUUGCGUCGACUCAUCCAAUAAUCGACAAACAAGUGAACGCAUGUGCACUGCGCGACGGCCCCAAACGAAUACGCGAAUGUGCAAUAUCGAAUGCAUGACGAAGUGGAUGACUGAGGAUGUCUCACGCUGCUCAGCACAGUGCGGAUCUGGAGAGAAAAAGCAACGAGUUUAUUGUGUGAAAGUGGAAGGAGUGCGACAAACGAUUAUUAGAGAUGAGGACUGUGACAGAUCGAAUCGACCUUCCGAGAGAGUAACCUGCUUUGUCGAUUGCUCAGGUCGGCGAUGGAGUUACAGCGAGUGGUCCCCGUGCUCCCAAACUUGCGGCUCCGUCGGCGUUUCUCGUCGCAGUGUAGUCUGUGUGGACGACCACAACCGUGUUGUACCCGAUCACUUGUGUGUAGGCGAGGCUAAAGAAAACACUGAGAAGGAAUGCAACCGUUAUCCUUGCCCAAGAUGGGUAUAUGGACACUGGUCGGAGUGCUCCCGAUCCUGCGACGGAGGCGUUCGUAUGCGCCAUGCGCAAUGCAUGGAUGCAGCUGACAAGGAAACACAUCAGUCGCGGUGUGGACCUAAGCACGACCGAGAGCCUUGUAACGAGCAUAUGUGCACCGCAUGGUCAUUUGGCCAAUGGUCGACGUGCUCAGUAACGUGCGGUGACGGGAUUCAAACCAGAGAGGCAAUCUGUGUGGACAGAGAUGGAAGGCAGCUCGAAUCUGGAAGAUGUAAUUACCGUGAACGUAUCGUUCAAAAACCUUGCUCUCGCCCCGCCUGCCCCUCAUGGAAAGUUGGAGAGUGGACGCCAUGCAGUGUGUCGUGUCAAGAUGGUUGGUCGACACGUCGUGUGUCAUGUGUGGAUGCCCGUGGUGAAGAUGUGAGGUCUGAGUUAUGUCUAGCUGGAGGUGAAGAACAACCUGCUUCUCACCGCCAGUGCAACCAAGGUCCGUGUCCAUUUUGGAGAACAGCCGACUGGAGCGCAUGUUCCGUCACAUGUGGAUCAGGCGUGCGACGUCGUUCUGCCGAGUGCAUCUACCGCGAGCAAGCCGUCGAUCAGUCAUUCUGCGGAGACGCAAGUCCUCCAACAACACAGCAGUCGUGCAACUUGGUUCCAUGUACUUCAUGGGAAGUAUCUGCUUGGGGUCCGUGUUCGGUGACGUGUGGUAAUGGUACUCAGACUCGUCGUGCGCAAUGUACUUCGGGACCAAAGAAAGAACUUGUGAAGGAUUUCCUAUGUGACAAAUCAUCUCGUCCACGCGAAAGAAGAACAUGCGAGCGAGAUGCAUGUCAGACACGAGUUUCCGAUCUGCUCGCACAACCGGCUGAUGUUCCUCCAAUCAGAUGGGCCACCGGACCUUGGUCGGAAUGCUCAACUCCUUGCGGAAAUGGAACACAGAGAAGAUUAGUCAAAUGUCGAGAUCACGCUCGAGACUUGCCUCCUGAAUACUGUAGAGAUCUGGAGAAAGUCGAAGAUCAGCGCCAAUGCCGUGUGAAAGCUUGCGCAUACUGGCAAACUGGUCCAUGGAUGCCGUGUCCAGCAACAUGUGGUAUUCACGUGUAUCAAACCCGUAGUGUGAUAUGCACUCCACAAAACCCUGACGAGACUGCAAGCGAUACUGAUUGCAACGUGACCGAAAGACCAGUCUCAAUGAGAUCAUGCAAGCUGAGCGUCUGUCCUAAGGGUGAACCACCUCUCGGUCGAUGGGUCAGCGGGGAAUGGACUAAGUGCUCGGUAACCUGUGGCGGUGGAUGGCGACGUCGAACAGUGAAUUGUGACGGUUUUAUAUGCGACGAUACGAUUAAACCUCGAAUGUUCGACGAGUGUAACAUAAUAGCAUGUCCACCGAAGAGUAAUAACACCUGGCAAAUAUCUCCAUGGACCCACUGCUCUGUAUCUUGUGGUGGUGGGGUGCAACGACGUCGUGUUUGGUGUGAAGAUGCAGCCACGGCUCUGUCGCAGGAGGAGAGCGAGUGCCGUGAAGCGAAACCGAAAGCGGUGCGCGACUGCGAGUUGCCGCCCUGCCCAGUGUCUCAGCGCGAUUCGCCAGCCAUCUGGCAAGCUGCCCCCUGGAGUCCGUGCUCCGCGAAAUGCGGACGCGGAGUACGGCGACGAGCGGUUGCCUGCAUCGACUUGGCAACAAAUGCGACCGUCGCCAGCUCGCGUUGCGACGCGGCGACACGACCUGUUGAUGAGCAUAAGUGUCGUGUCAUGCAUUGCCCGAGAUGGAGAGGAACGCCAUGGUCAACGUGCUCAACAACUUGUGGACAAGGAGUGCGUCAUCGGGAAGUGUUUUGUCAGCGAGGACGUCGAAUGCGAGCUCCAGACUCGGCGUGCGAUCCUGCUCGCCGACCUGCGACUACGGCUAACUGCUAUCUUACUGCGUGCCCAGCUUACCAUUGGAGCACUACCCCAUGGUCAAAGUGCGUUGAUGCGUGCGCACGAGGUGAACAACAUAGGCGUGUGUACUGCGUGAACAAUGCAGGAAAACGGGCAGCACCACGAAUGUGUAACGCUGUUCAUGCUCCACCGAGCAAACGCCCGUGUGAUAUUUCUAAAUGCCCAUAUGAGUGGGUUCCUGGCCCAUGGAAUACUUGCUCAAAAACGUGUGGUAAAGGUACCCAAUUUCGCUUCGUAGAAUGCCGUGUGAAAACGCCAAAUACCACCAAAUAUGGUGAGCCUGCCGUGCCCAAAGAAAAGUGUGAUGCUUUGCCAAUGCCGAUUGAGGCACAGGAGUGUGAUUUAAAUGCUUGCGAAUCUGAAUUUCAGUGGCAAAUAGGACCCUGGGGAACGUGUUCCCAAACAUGUGGCCAAGGUGUUCGCCGUCGCAAAGUUCGCUGCUACAGCCGUCAAGGUGUUCUUGUUUCCCGCAGCAAAUGUGAACAGAAUUCACCGCGUCCACGCAGAACGCAAACGUGUUUCCAGCGAAACUGUCUGCCAGCGACCUGCCAGGAGAUUCGUGCGCAAAAUAUAGUAACACAUUCGAUAGACGGAAACUACACAGUUCUUCUCGAUGGUUUCCCUGUAAUGGUGUAUUGUCAUCGAAUGAACGAAACCAUUCCUAAAUCAUACAUUAAUCUCAAUCCUGAGACUAACUUCGCUGAAGUAUAUGGAAAACGUUUGAUCUAUCCCCAUACCUGCCCAUUUAACGGCGAAAGGAAUGACUCAUGCCAAUGUUCGGAUGACGGAGAUGCAAACGCCGGCUUGACUCAUUUCCGUAAAGUUCGUGUCGACCUCCUCAAUCGUAAAAUUAACAUAAAUGACAUGAUGUUUGCUGACACGCUGCACGGUUCAUUCGUCCCGUACGGCACAGCUGGGGAUUGUUACAGUAUGAAGGAUUGUCCUCAGGGUCGAUUCUCAGUGGAUCUCCGUGGCACCGGAUUGAGAAUAGUUGAUGAUCUGCAGUGGGAGGACAAGGGUCAUAGGACCACGUCGAGAAUCGAUAGAUCGUCGAACAAUGCCGUGAUCGAAGGCCGAUGUGGAGGUUACUGUGGCAAGUGCGCUCCCGACAAAUACAAAGGGCUUGUUUUUAGUAUAGAUCAACGACAGUUGAACAAUGGCAGCUGGUAA